CUCCGUGUCAGUCGCUCACAAGUCACAAGUCUCAGCUACAGCCCCUUCCCUGCUACUGCUACUGCUACUGACUAGUCAGGCAAGACGACACACUCGUAGCAAGCAGCUAGUAGCUCAGUUACUGCUCCAGCCAGGACUCCCCUGCGGCGGCGUCCCCCUGCUGCUGCGUUUCAUGGCGACAUAUAGCAGCUGAACCUCGAUGCACGCGUCCAUCUGCACACGUACCGCAACCGCAGUGGCGCCCAGACCAGAAGAUCGAGCCGCAGCGCCAGCGCGCUAGGAUUCGGCAGAGGCAGGCAGGCCGGCCGCCGGCGUCGUACCGUACGUUCCUGUAGACCAACAGGGAGGAAAGGGAAGCUAGAAGAAGACGAGCGAACCAAGACCAGAGAUGCGUAGCGGCGGCUGCGCGGUGCAGCAGGAGCUGGCCGGGGACGCGGCGGCCGUGAUGCGGCAGGCGGUGAGCCUGGCGCGGCGCCGGGGCCACGCGCAGGUCACGCCGCUGCACGUCGCCAGCGCCGUGCUCUCGGUCUCGGACGCCGGGGCACUCCUCCGCGCCGCCUGCCUCCGGUCCCGGGCCAGCUCCCACCCGCUCCAGUGCAAGGCGCUGGAGCUCUGCUUCAACGUCGCGCUCAACCGCCUCGCGACGACGGCGGGGAUGCCGGGACCGCCGGCCCCGCCGCCGGCCAUGUUCCAGUUCCACCACGCGCCGGCUGGUGGGCACCGCGCGCCGGCGCUGUCCAACGCGCUCGCCGCCGCGUUCAAGCGCGCGCAGGCGAACCAGCGCCGGGGCGGCGGCGGCGGUGGCUCGGCGUCCGCCGCGGAGGCCGGCCAGCACCAGCACCAGCACGUCCCCGCCAAGGUCGAGCUCGAGCAGCUCGUCAUCUCCAUCCUCGACGAUCCCAGCGUCAGCCGCGUCAUGCGCGAGGCCGGCUUCGCGAGCGCCGAGGUCAAGGCCAACGUCGAGAAGGCCGUCUCGUCGUCGGAGCAGUCGUCGAACACGGCAACCAGCAGCACCGCUUCCCCGAAUACUACUACUAAUAAUAACCCCACCAAGGACAAGGAGUCCAGAGCCAAGGCCGACGACAUCGUCGGCGACGCCGUGCGCGUGCUGGACUGCAUGGCGAGCGGGACGAACCGGUGCGUGGUGGUCCUCGGCGAGACCGCCGCCGCCGCGGAGAGGGUGGUCAAGGCGGUGAUGGACAAGGUGAGCAAGGGGGAGCUGCGGCGCCGCCAGCACGAGCGCCUCAAGAACGCCCAGUUGGUGCCCUUCUCGGCCGCAUCCUUCCAGCGGAUGCCGAGGGAGGAGGUCGAGGCCAGGGCCGGCGACCUGUGCGCGCUCGUGCGCGAGUGCUGCGCCGCCGGCAGAGGCGUGGUGCUCGUGCUCGAGGACCUCGCCUACGCGGCGGAGGCCUGGACCGCCGCGUCGUGGAAGAGAUCAAGUGGCCACCGCGCGCAUGGCCUCAUCGACUAUUGUCCCGUCCAGCACGCGGUCAUGGAGUUGAGCAGCCUCGUGCGCGGCGCCGGCGGCCGCGGCCGCGACAAGGGCAUGUUCUGGCUGCUGGGGUUCGGAGCCUCCGCGUCCUACACGAGCUGCAGGUCGGGGCAGCCUUCCCUGGAGACCGUCUUGGGACUACACCCCGUCGUCGUGCCGGACGGCGGCCUCGCGUUGAGCCUCGGCGGCGACAGUGAGGUCACACACUGCAGCGCCGGCACGGUCGUGGCGACGGCGGCGGCGGCGAGCAUCCCCGCGUGGAUUCGCCGUUGCCAAGGUCCAGCCCUCACUGGAUCGGAGCUCACACUGAGCUUCUCCUCUCCGGCCUCUUCCUCCCACUGUGGCUUUACCCAUUAUGACACCAACAAGAGCUGCGAGCCAUGGCAUGAUCUCAUGGACCGGCGGCAACCGUUGCUGAACCGCCGGCACGAUGGUCCGAUGGCCGAGCCAUACGAUCAGCUGUGGCUCGCCGCAAACCCUAAUUCAGGGUCCUCCAACUCGGUGUCCAAUAAAUCCAACUCAUCGGAUGGCACGACGACGACGGCUCGCCGCCGGCGUCCGAAGUUCACCGAGCUCACCGCGGAGAAUCUCAAGGUCCUGAGCAGCGCGCUCGAGACGCGCGUCCCGCGCCACAGAGACAUAGCUCCGGGCAUCGCCAGCGCCGUGCUCCAGCGCCGCUCCGGCGUGACGAGGACGACGAGGCCGACCCCGGCGACGUGGCUCCUCUUCCAAGGGAGGGACAACGACGGCAAGAUGGCCAUGGCUCGGGAGCUUGCCAGGCUUGUCUUUGGCUCCUACGCCGAGUUCACCUGCUGCUUCGCCGCAGCAGCAUCAAAGCUCGCACCGGAUCACUCCGGCUCCAGCAGCCCCGGCGAUCGCCGCAGCCUAAAGAGGCAGAGGUCGUCGCCGGACAACGAGCACGGCGGCUGCAUGCAGAUGUUCUACGAGGCGAUCCGGGAAAACCCUCACCGUGUCGUGCUGGUCGACGGCGGCGUCGAGCACGACUCGGAACUAGAAGUCGGCAUCAUGGAUGCCAUGGCGAGCGGAACCGUGAGGGGUUGCGAUGGUGGUGUGGUCAGCUUGGAGGACUCUAUCGUAGUGUACUGCUGUGAAGUGUUCGUCGAGUCGGUGUCAUCGCCUAGGGUUUCCUCACCACGGCCUGUGAAGCAAAGGAUCAUCACGAGUGGCGACGUUGACAGCAAGGUGGAAGAUGAUGGCGCAGAGAAAGGAGUAGUUGUGCCACGUUUCAGCUUGGAUUUGAAUGCGUGCGCCAUUGACGGCGAAGGGGAGGAAGGGAGUUCUUCGUAUAAUGCCAUGGAGAUCCUUAAUGUUGUGGAUGGUGUUUUCUUCUUCUAGUAUUAACUGAGAAAUAAUUAAUGGAUUUAGUUUUGCUUCA